AUGUAACCAGAGUACUUAAAGACUUUAUAGUAUUGUUAACAAAAGUACUAGACAAUCCUACCUAAUCAGGAUGUAAAGUUUACUCUUGUGCAAAGUCAUCAAAUUAUCUAAAUUUUCGCAUAAUAUGAAAUCUUAGUGCAGUUAUUGAUUUAAAAUGCCUUGUUUUGUAAAUCUGAAGCGUUAAGAUAGAAAACAAUAUCGAUGUUAGAAUAACUAGAAAAGCAAGAUCACGCAUAAUUAUACAGUAUUGAUUUGUCUCAGUUUAAUGACAAUCCUCUAACAAUAGAAGUCUCACCUUUAUAAAGUUCUUUUUAAUUGCCCCUAUUAAAGUAGUUUAAAACAAUCUUGGAAAACAUUAACAAAAACUUUGACGAUAAAAUACUUAUCCUAAAGAAAUAUAUUCCUCUUAUUUAAAUUAGUUAUUUGCCAUAGCAGUAUCAAAUCAGCAAGGUUAGAUGUAAAUUUACACCAGUUGAUGAAGACUUGCUAUUUCAGGGUUUAUAAAAACAUGGAAGUAAAAAAUUGGAGGCAAUUUAAAAGGAAUUUUUGUGGGAAAAAACACUGAAACAAAUAAAAAACAAAUACAAAAACUCAAUAUGUAGUAAUGCUCAAAUGAAUAAAAUCAAAACAUGGAAACUAAGUUAAUAUGAAUAUCUGAAUCAAAAGGAAGUGUAACAAUUUAUCAAAGGAAUUUAAUGGUUUGGAAAAGAUAAAUGUCAACUCAUUCAUAAAUUCUUUGUCACAUCAAGAAGUUCAGAUUUUUUAAAUAACGAAUUAAAUAAAGCUGAUUAAUUAUUAAAAAAAAGAAAAAAGCACAACAUACCAGAAUCAUAUCCAAGCCAUUAUGAAUAAUUAUGGAAUGCAGAAAGAAAGAAAAUAUAAUUAAAAUAAAUUUAAAAAGAGGAAUUUCCAACUUAUGAUAAAUUCUUUAAUUUGUCUUAUGAAUAUUCAAAUAGUUUCUGUAAAUCCAAUUUUGAAUUCAGUAGAUUAGGAGGUUACAAUACUUAAUUUUCAAUCUAAUUGCAAUAAGCAAACUAAAUGCAAUAAUAGUAAUAGCAAUAAUAAUAAUAACAAUAAUAAUAGUAAUAACAAUAGUAAUAAUAAUAAUAAUAAUAGUAAUAAUAACAAUAAUAAUAAUAAUAACAAUAAUAAUAAUAAUAAUAAUAAUAAUAAUAGAAAGUGUAAACACCGUAUGAAGUUUGGAAAAAUGCAAUUAGUUCUUUGCCUGAAUUAAAAGGAUGA